AUGGAUGCACCUACUCCAAAGGCAACGCCAAAACGAAAACGCUGCGGGGACAUUUCCCUGAGCCCAGUCAAAUUCUCUUUUAAUCCAUCGACUGCUGAAUCCGCCGACGAUGGAAGUAAUAGUCCACGGUCCAAGGUUGCGCAUCGGUUUCGCGGUCUGGCUCUUGGAAGUGGGGGCGGGGUUGUAAAUGACCACGGCCACGAGGCAGACGUCGGGGAUGGCCCAGACUUUGCGCGGAAACGACAAAGGCAAGAUGAAGUCGUGGCCAAUGCCAGUGAAGAAGAUUUUCAGCCGGUGACAGAUUCUCCUACACCACGGUCAAGUCAAGCCUUCGGUCCUGGGCUCAACGCCUUUGCCGAGCACCUCGCAUCUCAGACUCCAACGUUGGUAGCGGCUGCUCCAGAGCCAGAAAACAAACCGCCCCGUCGAAGAAGGGCUGGUACACCACCGCUUAAUAUGCACAAGUCACCGAAGAAGGCCAAGAAGUAUGACGUAGAGGCAAGCGAAUCACCCUUUGCUGAUGAAGAUGACAUUAUCGUGGAUCCGGUCAGGGCGGCCCUCACAUGGCACGAUGAUGAAAUCACCGUUUACGACCCCUAUGACAAGGACGAUGAUGGUACCGGCAUCAACGGAGUGGGUUUCAAGCCAACACCCGCCAUGGCAGAAGCAAGAGCCGUUCGCAGACGACAUCAGAUGGCCGAGUAUCGGAAACGGGAAGAGAGUGAGGCUAGAGCUAGGCGCAGUCAGCGACGAAGAGGAGAAGAACCCCCAUCCGCUCGGCUGAAAAAGAAAUCACCUUCGAGAAAGGUCAGAUUUGCGGAUUCAGAAAGACAGAGUGCUGUUGUGAUAACAUGA